AUGACUCACACAUACACAUUUUAGCUGGCUCCCCUGUUGUACUUUAAGGAAUAGUGGAUUACUUCCCAAAUUGAACCACUCAUCAAGCAAAUCCAGGCAUGACCAGUUGGCAGCGUGUCGGAGCUGUGUUGAACUGUGAAAUGAACCAUGGAGGGGUCCAAGAGGCCAGUCACUAGCCGAGCCAACCGCCGCACAACCAUUAGCAGCAGGGGAAGCAGUAGUCCGGGGAGGACCCGCAGCAUGCAGCUGGGCCCUCACUAGCACCAAGUGGACCUGGUCCUCUCCUCUUCACCUGGGGCCGGGGCUGCAGAAUGCUCAGUCCUGUCACCCCAUACAGUCAGUUGAAGAUGCACUGGUCCCCGGAGCACACCGCCCCCUUAUCUCAGUGGCCUGAGCAGCACCUAGAUGUCACCUCUACCACUUCACCGCCGUCUGCCCACAAACACGACCCCUACGCAGCUGGUCGCCGAGGCUAUGCCCCUGCAGGUUACCCAUGGGCCAGUGAUGACAUAUCAGCCCUAACUGCUUCUUCUCUGCUCAAACGCUACGCUGAGAAGUACUCAGGAUUGGAGCUGUCCUAUGAACGCCCUCCUACAGGGGCCUACUCAGAGCCUGGCACUUUCCUGAAAACUGAAUCUGAGCCAUGGGCUCUGGGCCAGGGCAUGGAGUGCUACCCUGGACUGGAGGCAUUAACCGCCACUAAGUUAGGCUCUGCAUCUGUGGGCAUCCCGGCCACAGGAAGUGUGACAGUAGUGAGCGGUAACUUGGCGUCUGAGCCAGGCUACAGUGGUGCUGGCCACUGCAAUGCCCCGUCAUCUCAGGAAUACCCUCCUGCCUACAACAGCACCUACCUGUCUUCAGGAUACUGCCCUCAGCCCAGCGCAGCACUUCCUCCUGCCCCUCUACACUCAUUGCAGGCCCCGCCCACUCUAGUGCCCAGCUACAGUGCCAGCACUCCUAUCUACAACUACCCUCCAGGGUGCUACCCUCAAACCAGUCUGUCCUCUGGAUACAGCCACCCCAGUGCCUCCUACCUGCCCCCUGGGAUUAGUGCCCCCACUCCUCUGGCCCCUAGGCCCACCAUGGUGGGGGCCGGUUACAGCUACCCAUCUCAUAGCCUUGGAGGGAGCUCUGAGGGAGGCGUACCACUGAAACGCAAGGCCUUUGAGAUGGCAGAGGAUGGACAGGAGGGAGCAGAGGUGGAGGGAUCCCGCUACAGAAAGUAUGGCAAUGGCCAUGGCAACAGUCAUAGCAAAGGGCACGGCAACGGCCACGGCAAUGGCUACGAUAUGAGCGGCUCGCCCUCAGACCCACAGGCCUACAAAUCUGGAAAGCCCAUGAUGUCCCCCCCUUAUGGCGGAGCAGGGGAUUACAGCCCCCCAUCAAGCCUUGCAGGAGAGAGCGUGUCAGGGGAGCACAACUUCACUCAGCAACAAAGAAUGUCUAUGAAGAUACCUUCAUCACACACACGAUCUGAGGAUCCCACUGCAGGGCGCUGACAGCACUGGUCGUCAUUUGAGAGAAGGCGGAUUUGGGGGAACAAAAUAGGAAUGUCAAUGAAAGGUUUAAUUUCACUUUUCAACAACAAGAGUGCACAAGACUGGUAUUUCUUGUGCAUUAACAUUUACAUUAUUCAUGUUUUUCCAAAGAUUCACAGGGGCAUUUUGCCCUCUGAGGUUGAGGUAAGUCUUAGGGACGAGGUUAAGGCAUUCUCUACAUAGAUAGCGUUAAGACAGUCUAAAUGUAUGAGUGUCUGUUUCUCUCAGGAUCCUAUUUAUUUCCUUUGGCUACUGCGGCGGCAGCACUGCAUCUGCAAUGUUGCAGUUGUAAAAGUUGGUGUAAUUAUUUGUGGCCGUUAUGUAUGAAAAGGGCCUUUGACUGCAAUAGUUCUACCACACCACAAAAAUCAUUACCGACCAAAAAGUAAGGAAAGCAAUAACUGAAAUGGUGAGAACGCCAUACUACUUCAGCACAAUCACUGCUACUUUACACAGCUGACUCCAGGGCCCGCUGGGUCACCUGGCCCCGAGAAAUGAAUGUGUCCCUGCUCAUCCCUCGUUUUCCCCUUACCUUUACUCAUUCUUGAAUUUUUUUCAGUUUCCUUAACCCCGUCUUUUAAUGUUCUUUAUCUUAUUCUAUCUUGGUGUCCUGCUUUUUGUUCUCAACCUUUUUCAUUGCUGAACAACUUUUGUUUUUGUCUAGUUUAUACAUAACAAGCUGCUUAUCAAAUGAUAACAUAGUAAACAUGAAGCCGCCCUUUAAAAAAUGUUUUAAUGUAAAGAAAGAGUGGGUGAAUAAUCUAAGAUUUUAUGUUCAUUUAAAAAUGUAUUAAGCAUUCAUACCAUGGCAGCAUUACAGUAUAUUCAGAUCAUCUUCAAAGUGUGUUGUUUACUUGUAAAUGUUUGCUGAUCCUUAAACUAAGGGGAAAGACUCGGUGAAUAAUGGUGCAGCUCACACGUUUAAGUUUCCAACGAUUACAAGAAAUAAUGACUACACAAAUCUACAGAACAACCAAAAACAGAAAACUAUGCUUAAGUCUGCAUUCUGCUAAAAUUCAUUCAGAGUGAACUGUAUGUUGCUUCUGUUUGGAUGCACAGCCCAGACUGAAAGGCUCACAAUUUUAAAAUUACAUUCUUUAUGAAGAUCUACCUGCUUGUCUGCUACGGGAUUUACUUUUUUUUAAGAUAUGCAUUCUCUUUACUUUUGCCUCUGAAAAGGAUGAUUUAUAGUCGUGUUAUUGAAUACUCAGGAAGAAUAUUGUUACCUCAGAAUGAUGAAAUAAGAAUGUAUGUUAUUACCUUAGGGUGUUUGUAGGGAUCUUUAUGGAGCAAGAUGAAAACAGAGCCAUGGCUUUUAUUAAGAGAAAAACAUACUCUGAACACUUCAGGGAAACAAUGAACUUACAAGGCCUUGAUACUAACAGUAGAAAACACGCACAAACACAAGCAUGCACACACACGCACGCACACGCGCACACACACACACACACACACACACACACACACACACACACACACACACACACACACACACACACACACACACACACACACACACACACACACACACACACACACACACACACACACACACACACACACACACUGCUUUUUAGCUCUGGGAAAAUAAAACUUGAGGUUUUUGUACCAAGGCCUGAAAUGUUGAAUGUAAUUCAGAUAUUUUUUUUAAAAGGACAAUACAUGCCAUAAUGUACAUCAAUGAUGUUUUUAGAUAUAUGAAACAUAUUUUCUUCAUGUAUAGAUUUAAUUCUCUUAUAGGUUUUGGUGGAAAAAUGAAUGACAUGUUAAGUGUUAGUGUAGUUAGCAGUGGGGAAACAGUGUUUGUGGACAACCUGUCAAAAUAAAGCACUCCUGAUUAACAACUUUCGACAUAUCAAGACAUACACAUAUGUAUAUGCUCUAUAGUAGGUAUGUUUAUUAAAUGUCUUAAAUAAGUCCAUUUUUCUAUAUCAGUAUCUUAAAACCGCUUGACACAGUGCUACCGAUCAAUCAGCAUGAUUGGAGCUGAAACAUGAAUUGACACCAUGAAAAAGGGAGAGGUUAACAAUGUAUGUGCACUGUCAGAAAAUAUUUACAGUUACUAUAUAUUACUAACUAUAAAUAUUUUUUUCAGAGUUGUAGCUUUGUUGCUACACAAUGCCAUCCCUACAUAAAUUAUGCCCAAACAAAUAUUUCUUUUGCAAAAUUAUACAAAACAGAACUCUUAAAUAAAAGCAUGCCCAGAGAGGGGAUCCCCCUUAAUAGAAAAAUAUUUAGGGUGUAAUGCAGCUUCAGAUUUAGUGUGAAAAAGUAUUUUAAUUUGGAAAUUGAAUUUACUGAAAAAAACUGCAUCACACAAAGAUUUAGCUUCAAAUUAUGCUGGAGAAAAAAUACAGAUUAAGAAAAAGGUGUUAGACAAAUAAUAAUGUACUCUUACCCCCAGAUUUUAAAAGUAUUUAAGCGCUUAGCUACAACAAUUAGAUGCUCUUCAAUGUCACACAAAGAAUGUGAUCUACAUUAACUUACACACUGCAACAACAGUAUUUGCUGUUUCUUGGCGUUACUCUGAUUCAUUGAAGAAAGUGGUUGAAUUUGUCCAACUGAUGGAAAAUGGCAAUUCAGUGUUAUCUUUGUAAUCCAGUUGUACUUUUGUUGUAUCUUGUACAUUCUCUGUAACCAUUUCUACCUCAUUUUGAAGACAUUGUACAUGGAAAUAUUUAUUUCAUGUAAUUUCACAUGCCAGUUUAAGGAGCAAUGUUUCUAAUUCUUGACCUGUUAUAGUCUACCUCACUAAAGACUGUUGUGUCAUGGAAAUGAAGA